GAGACUUGGUUGGCGCCGCGACCUCAUGGACGAGAAGCAGCAGCUCUGCAGAGAAAGCCAAAUGGAUGUGUGAAUAUUUGUGUAUAUUUGUGCACCUCUGAAAACCACAAACUGCGUGCAUUUAAUAACGGUCCCGAUCUUCAUUUUUGAGCUGAAUUCGCGCCAUUAUGUGGAUCCAGGUUCGGACAAUAGACGGAAAAGAGACGCGGACCGUGGAGGAUCUUUCUCGAUUGACCAAAAUUGAGUUGUUACGGUUAAAAAUUCAAGAUAUCUUCAACGUGUCCCCGCAUCAACAGCGACUGUUCUACCGGGGGAAGCAGAUGGAAGAUGGCCAGACAUUGUUUGACUACAACGUCGGUCUAAAUGACAUCGUCCAGCUCCUGAUCCGGACACAGUCUGACACUGCAGACAGCCCCGAUGUCAAGAACUCUCUGGGGGACAUCGCAGCCUCAGCCAGUGCCAUCGCUCUGAAAACCAGUGAGGACAAUAAUGGAGACGUCAAACCAAACACGAGCGAGCAAGGAAGUACCAAAAAUGGAUUUAAAUCAGACCCGGCGCAGGACCAGCAGCCGCCCUCCUCCAGCCGCUGCAUGCUCAUUAAUGCAGGGAUUGGAUGUUAUAAGAUUAAUGAACUGGUGGACUGCAGAGACAUCAGCAUCGGCGCUUGGUUUGAAGCUUGUAUUGAAAAUGUGACACUUGCUCCUGCCAAACCAAAGGUGGGCCGGCCCUCAAAAAGGACUAACGGAAAGCUGGAGGCUGAGCUGGGCCAAGGCCAAAGCACUGACUCUAAUAGGAAUAACAAUGGUUUAAACACCGAGAGCAACGGAGCCACUACCUCCCAGAACGACUCUCCGGUCAUAGAGGCCAGGCAGGACGUCAUUUACCACAUUAAAUAUGAAGAUUACCCAGAAAAUGGUGUGGUUGAAAUGAUCCCGUGCAAUGUGCGACCUCGCGCUCGGACUUUACUGCGAUGGGAUCAGCUUCAAGAAGGCAUGAUUGUGAUGGUCAACUACAACAUGGAGACUCCAGAGGAGAGGGGCUUCUGGUUUGACGCGGAAAUUCAGGCCCUCAACCAAACAUCUCGAACAAACAAAGAGCUGCGAGUCAAGAUCCUUAUUGGAGGCCCGGGCGAUGUCGUUGAGGACUGCAAGGUUCACUUCCUGGAUGAAAUCUACCAAGUGGAGAAACCGGGUGCUCGUGCCCUUUCGUCUGCAGAUGGACCGUUUAAGCGUAAAAGCGGACCGGAGUGUAAGCACUGCAAGGCCGAUCCUGACGCCGAGUGCCGCUUCUGUUCCUGCUGCGUUUGCGGUGGGAAGCAGGACGCUCACAUGCAGCUUCUGUGUGACGAGUGCAACAUGGCCUUUCAUAUCUACUGCUUAAACCCGCCACUGUCCACAAUCCCCGAUGACGAGGACUGGUACUGCCCCACUUGUAAGAACGACACAAAUGAGGUUGUAAAAGCAGGGGAAAAACUGAAAACCAGCAAGAAGAGAGCGAAAAUGCCUUCAGCAACUACGGAAAGUCAAAGGGACUGGGGGAAGGGCAUGGCUUGCGUGGGGCGAACUAAGGAGUGUACGAUUGUUCCGCCAACUCACUAUGGACCCGUGCCUGGAAUUCCUGUUGGAACGACUUGGAAGUUCAGAGUACAGGUCAGUGAAGCAGGCGUUCACAGACCUCACGUCGGAGGGAUCCACGGGCGCGUUCACGAUGGCGCCUACUCGUUGGUACUGGCUGGAGGAUUUGAAGAUGAAGUGGAUCGAGGAGACGAGUUCACGUACACGGGCAGCGGCGGACGGGACCUGUCGGGAAACAAGAGGAUCGGGGAGCAUUCUUUUGACCAGACGCUUACGCAUAUGAACAGGGCUCUGGCCUCAAACUGUGACGCUCCUUUGGAUGACAAAGUCGGGGCAGAGUCCAAGAAUUGGCGAGCUGGAAAACCAGUGCGAGUUGUCCGCAGCUCAAAGGGUCGACGCAUCAGUCAGUACGCUCCUGAAGAAGGAAACCGAUAUGACGGCAUUUAUAAGGUGGUAAAAUACUGGCCUGAAGUUGGGAAAUGUGGUUAUCUCGUCUGGCGGUAUCUGUUAAGACGCGACGACCAGGAGCCCGCCCCAUGGACACCAGAAGGUCUCGAGAGAAGCAAGAAGCUUGGGCUCACGGUGCAGUAUCCUCCUGGAUACCAGGCAGCCAUGGCUAACAAAACCCGAAAAGAGGCCAUUGCCAGACCUGGUCAGGGCGGGAAAAACAACAGACGCUAUUCUGGAAGAGGCCGGGGAAGGAGACGACGCUCCUUCAAGAAGAAACAGGAGGAUGAUGAUGAAGAGGAUGAAGAACAGUUGAUUGCAUGUUUGGAUGAUGAUGAAUUGCAAAGCAAUGGAGAUGAGCAGGAGGCAGAAGAUGGCGAUUUGUCUUCAUCAGAAGAGCCUCCUUCAAAACAGCUGAAGGUAGAAGAGGCUUUCCAACUGUCCGAACAGCAGAAAAGGUUAAUUCAGGAUGACGUCGCCAACAGAAGAUUAUGGGAUGAAGCCAUGGAGCAUCUCAAAGAAGGACCAAAAUUUCUGAGUAAACUGGAGCAGUCCUUCAUGUGCUUGUGCUGUCAAGAGUUGGCCUUCCAGCCCAUUACCACAGUCUGUUCACACAACGUCUGUAAGGCCUGCCUGCAGCGAUCGUUUCGAGCGCAGGUCUACACUUGUCCUGCUUGUCGUCAUGAUUUGGGGAAAGACUAUAACAUGUCCCAAAACCAGACGCUUCAGACUCUGCUUGAUCAAUUCUUUCCGGGCUACAGCAAAGGCCGAUAAAGUCAAUCAACCAGCACUUUGUACAUAACCCUUACAUAAGACCCUGUAUACUAUCAGUUACUAAAAGCUUCAGCUAAAAUGCUUUGCUUAUAUAUGAAGUACUUGGACUGUAAUUGUACAUAAAUCAUUUAUGUAUACAAUCAUUCAUACACAGACAACCUCAUGAGGGAGUGACUUUAUCUGUUAAUAUGGACGGUCUCCAUUAACGUCACCAGCCUGAUUUUUUUUUUACAAAGGACACUUUAAAACUCUACUUCUGCUGAUCUAAUGCACAUAAUUACGAGCGCACAAAAACUCCCACCACAGUAAAUCUGAACAGUUAAACCAAAUGUUUUAUUACUAAUCCUUUUUAUAUUGAAAUUGACAAAUAGGAUCCGUUUGCACCUUACCUGCCAAAAAGAUUAAAUACACCAACCUGCAUUUACUGUACCACACAUUUAACACGCUUUUCUAGACUACAUGUCCUUAGAUUAUACCACCAAUGAUUCUGCAAAGACAAACUGUAAAAUGUCAUUUUGAGGAGCUCCACUUCAGUCAUUUAGUUGUCCCUAGAGUUUAUAGCAUAGACUGUAUAAAGUAUAAAGUGUAACGUUAUAUAUACAGUCUAUGGUCUAUAGGCAAGGACAGUUCUGUUGAUACUUUUAUCUUAUGGAGUUUCCUUUUUCCUGUUGUUGCCAUUAGAUGAAAAAGCAGGUGACAUAAAAUAUGUAAAUUUUGUACAUAUUUCUAAAAGCUUCAUUUUUACCCUGAUCUAAAUUCCUGAUUCUUUAAGUCUAUAAUUAAUAUUUUCAUUGGAAAAUACAUCCCCGUAACUAGAUAAAUAAUCACCGUAGAGUUGGUAUGGUACAUUAAAUGCAUGGUCAUGAGAGCUAGAACAUAUGAAACACACAUGUAGCUGUCAAAAGCUGCCCAAAGUGCUUACACAAUCACGAACUAAAGCUCUUCAGUUUGAAAUAUUUAGAAUCAAAGAUGAUAAUUUAUUGGUGGGCUGUUCAUUUUUGUUCAUUCAAAAUGUUAAAUCAUUUGCCAUCAUCUAUUUUACGACUGUGAUGUGCGUACUUUUCAUACUUCUUUUGUUGGUAAAUCUUGUUGAGAUUGUUCAUUUUUUACUAGUUGUAUCCUGUCCUCUGCUUACAGUGAAUCUGCCGUAUUUACAGAUGUCUCGUAGAUACUUUUGCUUCUGAGCUGUGUUUUCAAUUGCACAAACAUUUCUGAAAAAGUCAUCUAUAUUUUUAAAGUUCUUAAUCUUACGUCUUUAUGCUGUUUUCAUGUAGGUGUCUUUGUUCAGCACAUUUUCUGUCACUUUUGGAAGUUAUGAGCUGAACUUAAAGUUUUCACAUUGUCGAUCAUAAAAAUAUAACUCUGGAUUCUGAACAUUGUUCUUUACCACAGCCGUUUAUCCACUACAGUAAAAUCAGCUUCAGUCCUCAUCAAAUAUGUCAAAUGUUGAAUAAUUAUCAGGAUUUGACCAUAGCUGAGUUUGUAAACAUGAUUUUCACAGGUGCAUGUGUUGUAUAUUUCUUAGGUUUAUUGGUGGAACAUUUGGACUUUGGGGUGUUUUUAUGUGGCAUCGGAUUAGUUUUACUCACUUUUUUCCUCUUCUGCUAUGAACUUCAAUAUACUUCUCCGUUCACUUAAUUACUUUACUUUUGUAUGACUUUAAUUUUGUAUAGCAAAUUAAACUGUACCUUUACAUAUUCUUCCCAUUGAUUGAUGAAGCCUUGUGAUUGCCAUUCACAUUUUGCAUUUCUGACCAAGUAUGACUUCAAUUAUAAAUAUAUAUUGAGAUUUGAUGGGCCCUACAAAAACUAAAUGACUGAUAUUUAUAAUCAACACUGAAAAUUACAAAAACAAAAAAAAGCAUUUUAUAUUUUUGUUCAGGACUGAAGUUGAUCUGUAUUUGGCCCAAAUUUGAGAUGAGCAUCUGUAAAUUGACUUUGGGAUUUACAUUAUGUCCUUAAGGCCCUAAAUUGUAUAGUAAAUGUCUUAACUGUUGUUCAAAGUGUUAUUUUAUUUACAUGUAUGGUUCAAAUCAUCAGAUUUUUUAUAAUCUGUUUUACUGGGACCAUAAAAUGUGACAUGUGGAG